CUCGCACACGUGAACAUCCAUGUCCCCCUUCCCACCUAAAUAGAAAUCGGGAAGUCGCAGAGUUAGAGAGAGAGAGAGAGAGAGAGAGGACGGGUCCCAACAACCGUAGGUACCAGACCAGAGCUAUUCAUCCCCUUUCCCGCCCUUCCUUUUCAUGGCUUUUCCUAUCUUCGAAUGCAUUUCUCUCUCUUCUCCGGAACCCUAGAUCUGCUCUCUCACCUUUAAAUUAAUGGAAAUGGCUACUAUUUCUUCGAACCCGCGCACUGUUGAGGAAGUUUUCAAGGAUUACAGUGGCCGACGCUCAGGAAUCAUUCAAGCCCUAACUACUGAUGUGGAUGAGUUCUACUCUCUUUGUGAUCCAGAGAAGGAUAAUUUGUGUUUGUAUGGGCACCCAAAUGAUUCAUGGGAAGUGAAUCUACCAGCUGAAGAAGUUCCACCAGAGCUUCCAGAGCCUGCCUUGGGGAUUAAUUUUGCAAGAGAUGGGAUGAACAGGAAAGAUUGGCUUUCUUUGGUGGCUGUACAUAGUGAUUCAUGGCUGCUUUCUGUUGCUUUCUACAAUGGUGCUCGCUUUAACCGCAAUGAAAGGAAGCGCCUUUUCACCAUGAUUAAUGAUCUGCCUACUGUCUUCGAAGUUGUAACAGAGAGAAAGCAUUUGAAGGACAAGGUCAUCACUGAUAGCGGAAGCAAAUCCCGACUGUCCACCAAGCGAUCUGUUGAAGGGCAGGUAAAAAGCAGCUCGAGAGCUGAUGAUGGUUAUGAAGACGAAGAUGAUGAGCAUAGUGAGACUCUUUGUGGCAGCUGUGGUGGUAACUACAAUGCGGAUGAGUUCUGGAUUGGUUGUGAUGUAUGUGAAAGGUGGUUCCAUGGGAAAUGUGUGAAGAUAACCCCUGCCAAGGCUGAGAAUAUAAAACAAUACAAAUGCCCUUCGUGCAGUUCCAAGAAGGGAAGGCAGUAGAUGUGCUAAUGGUUCAACAGUUCCGCUAGAAAGACUUUCAGCAUCUUUUUCUCUUUUUUUCUUUUUUCUUUUUUAAUAUAUGCUUGCACUGUACAAGUUUAUGGCCGAUGGGCAUGCUCCAUGUAUUACAGGGGUUCUCUUUUACUUACUGUGACAUUGCCUUUGUUCAUUUCCAUUGAAGUAUUUAUAUCACCUGUUCUCAUUCAUGUUCA